AGAUAACGUUUACUUAAAAUUUAGAUUCAGCUUAAAUUUUGUACUGUGUGUAUGUCAUUUCACUAACGAAAAUUACGUUAGUUCAAAAUAUUUUAUAUUUAACAUCUGAAGCAUUUACAAUAUUCCAAAACUUAAGAUGAGUUCAUUGGAUAUUUCAAAAGCAGGAAAUGCUUUGUGGCUUGUUAAAGUACCCAAAUAUAUUGCGGAUAAAUGGGAUAGUGCACCUAAUAGUUUAGAAGUAGGUAAAAUCAAGGUGACAAAUACACCAGGCAAAAGGCCUGAUAUUUCACUUAAUUUGUCUGAAGCGGUAUUAUGCUUGGAAAACGACAAAAAUACUGAGCCCAUUCCUAAAUCAUUCAAAUUAGAUGUGUCACAUUUCACUGGCCAAACAAUGGGUGUGUUAUCUGAACACAGAGUGCCAUACAAUCCAGAUGCAGUUGUGCAAGAAACCGAUAAAUUAGCUAUUCAAGGAAAAAUAAGUCAGAAACUAGAAUGUCGGCCAAUUAGUGAUCAGGUCUAUAUGGAUUUAAAAAAACAAGCCAUAAGGAAAGCACAUAUUCCUGCUAGAAAAGUUCAAAAAUUAGACAAAGUGGUACAAAACUUUAAACCAAUAUCAGAUCACAAACAUAAUAUUGAAUAUAAUGAAAAGAAGAAGUCGGAAGGCAAAAAGGCACGUGACGAUAAGGAUGCCGUCAUGGCUAUGCUAUUCAAAGCCUUUGAGAAACAUCAAUAUUACAACAUCAAAGAUUUGGUGACAUUGACUAAACAACCAGUGGUAUAUUUAAAAGAAAUCUUAAAAGAAGUUUGUAAUUAUAAUCUCAAACAUCCCCAUAAAAAUAUGUGGGAGUUGAAACCUGAAUAUAGACAUUAUAAAGAUCAAGAUGACAUGGAGACAAAUUAAUGUAUUCUUAUUUAAUAUUAUUAUUUUUGAAUUUAAAUUUAUAUCUUACUAUUAAAUUA